AUAUCCAGAGCGGUCCGAACUCGUCGCCCAUCCAAAAACGUUUUCCCCAACCCGCGAUUCUUCUCUUCGUCCUAAAAUCCAUCCUAAUCAUGGCUUUCUCCCACUCUAUGCUCUCCCUCUCCCAACCCAAGCCCUGCGCCGCCGCCGCCGCUGCUGCUGAUGCCUGGCGGCCACCGGUGCCCACUCGUCGUCUCGCUUUUACCGUCUAUUCUCCAUCUCCGUACCCCUUUUCCCGGGCUGAGCCGGCCAGUGCGGUUGCCACCCUCAGAAGAAGCAAAGGCAAAGCAAGAGCACAAAUGCAUGAAUCUGGAAGUGCUUUGGCAGCGGAUGCUUUAACAAGUGUUAAGCAUGUGCUUCUUCCAAUCACUGAUCGGAACCCUUACCUUUCAGAGGGAACAAGACAGGUUGGAUACACUAUUCCACUUUCUGGGACUAGUCACAUCCGAUCAUUUAAUGCUGCAGCAACCACCACUGCCCUCGCAAAAAAAUACGGAGCUGAUAUCACAGUUGUUGUUAUCGAUGACAAGCCAAAAGAGUCGAUUCCCGAACAUGAUGCUCAACUAUCUAGUAUCCGAUGGCACCUUUCAGAAGGUGGAUUCAAGGAGUUUGGCUUGAUGGAACGAUUGGGAGAGGGGAAGAUGCCAACUGCUAUCAUAGGCGAGAUAGCUGAUGACUUGAACUUGGAUCUGGUGGUCUUAAGCAUGGAAGCAAUUCACUCGAAGUAUGUUGAUGGAAAUCUGUUGGCAGAGUUCAUCCCAUGCCCGGUCUUACUUUUACCUCUCUAACUGUUUUAACUUGCCGCUUACGCAUGGUAUAAAUUCUUCUUCCCAACGGAGCUGUUCCAAUGAUUAGCUAAAUCUGGCCCUUCUUCUUCUUCUUCUUCCAAUUGCCAUGAUCUUUAAUAUCUUCGAUAUACAUUUCUAGUAUUUCUGAUCUUUGGGCCAGUCUUCUAUAGCAUCUUCUACUCAACUUGUUAGAAGUUGAUUA